AUGAGCAGCAGCGCUUGCGCCGUAGAGCCAAAGCCAACGAAUAAAGUCGACGAAUUCACAGCACUUUCUGAGCUACCAGAAACGUCGCCAAUAGAGCCAGCCAGCGGGCCUCUUGACGAGGAUGAAUUCCAUGCCACUGAGGGCAUCGAGUCGGCGUCGGCUGGAUCCGCAAGCGCAACGUCAAGUAUUUUCGCACAUACCUACGAAAACGGCCGUCGUUAUCAAUGCUUCAAGAAUGGUCGGUACCCAAUUCCAAACGAUGACAGCGAGCAAGACAGGGAAGAUCUGAAACACUCUAUGAUGCUUGAGCUUACAGAUGGGGAAUUGUUCUAUGCGCCUAUCGGCGAGAAUCCACAAAAUAUUCUAGAUAUCGGCACGGGCACUGGUAUAUGGGCAAUGGAUGUGGGUGACCGAUAUCCAAGUGCUCGCGUCCGAGGCAUCGACCUAUCUCCCAUCCAGCCGUCGUGGGUGCCCCCGAACGUCGAUUUCUUGAUUGACGAUUGUGAAAGGGAUUGGCUGGAUCAAGACUGUGAUCUUGUUCACUUUCGAUUUAUGGUUAUUAUACUAAGAGAUGUACCGACUGUCUUGCAGCACGCCUAUACGAGCUUAAGGCCAGGUGGCUGGGUCGAAUUCCAAGAACUUUGUGGUGAGCCUUUAUGUGACGAUGACACAAUGCCCGAUGACGACCCCGUAAAAUAUAUGUACGACCUAGCUGGCAAGGCAUUUGCCAAAUUUGGAAUGGAUGUCACUUUACCGAAACGAUUGGAGCCGCUGAUACGUAGCGCUGGAUUCGAGAAUAUCCAUUGUGUUGUGAAGAAGGUCCCUAUUGGAGUAUGGGCCCAAGAUAAGACUAUGAGACUCAUUGGGCUUUAUCAGAAAAUGGCUGUUCUUGACAUGCUGCCUGUUAUUGCCGGUCGACCUUUCGAUGCUUUAGGCAUAUCUGGUGCUGAGGGUCAAGUGACCCUAGCAUUUGCACGAAAAGCGUUGGAAGAUACUAAAGUCCAUCGGUAUUUCAAUUAUUACUUUUGGUAUGCUCAGAGACCCGAAACUUGA